AUGUCCUUCAUGCUCAUGCAGACCCCAGAUCCUCGGACGAUAAAGGACGCUCUCCCCGACUUCACCAACGUCUCACACAUCUUCCUCCCCAUCAAUGACAACCACUCUGCCUCCAUCGCCGAAGGCGGCACACACUGGUCCCUGCUCUUGGUCUCCAUCGUCGACGGCGUGGCAUUCCAUUACGACAGCAUGCCCCCCGGAAACCAGAACGAAGCACACUACGUCACCCAAAAGCUCUCCCGGCUCAUCAACAGACCUCUCCGGUUCAUCCAACUGACCGACUCGCCGUUGCAGGACAACUCGAGCGACUGUGGGGUGUUUGUGUGUUUGAACAUGCGACAUUUACUUUUGAAGAGGCUCUUGAUGGUCAGGACGGACGCAAAAGUUAGUAUGAGCCUGGGUGGUAGGAGAGUUGACGCUUCGGCCGGGAGGAAGGAGAUGUUGCGCAUUAUUGAGGAAUUUCGUCGAGAGGGCGAGAGAAGAAGAUCGUAA